CACAGAAACACUGGACUAGUGUGGGAGAGGGAGUAGGACUCUUUCAAAGAGAUAAACCCAACACAACAGCAAAAGAAACCAGAAUCAUCGACACAAUCAUCAUCGAAAUCUUGUUGAUUCUUCAGAUUCUUUGCUUUUGUUUUCUCUUUAAGCAAGAGAGGUUUUCCUUUUGAAAACAGAGAAGGAGACAGGGAUUUUAUGUCGUCUGGAAUUGAUAUAUUGAAUGGAGCUCAGAAGAAGCUCUUGACUUGUUGUGAUCACUCUCUCUUUCACAAAGUCUCCAACUUUUGCAUGCAGUUGUGCGCUCCCUGUCACAGGGCUUACAGGCCAUUUAGAUCACAAAGGAAUUGUUCUGGAGUGAAGUGCUCUAGCUAUUGUUUGUGACCAUUAUUUUCUUAUUCACUAUUGAGACUUGGGUGCUUCAGGGUUUUGGGGAUUUCUUGAUACUCAGUUUCGGAAGUAAUUUGGGACUUUGCAGCUUCGUUCACUUGGAGUUUAGCGAUUUAAAAAUUUUAAGCAAUGGCAGGGAUUAGAACCCAAGUCUUGAAUCAAGAUUUGUAUUGUAAAAAACUGAUGGCAAAGCAAUCAAGAAAAGAAGAGGAUACACGUUCCAAGCAGAGAGUUCGAAUUAUGUACAAUGAUCCCUAUGCUACUGAAUCUUCCAGUGAUGAUGAUCAGCAAUGCAAUGUGAAAGAGAAUCAAUCUGUGUCCAGAAGAAAGGUCUUUGUUUCGGACAUUGUGGUUGGCAGCACUCGAGAUGAAAUUGGUGACACCAAUGGCAGUAACAGAAAUCAGAGAUCCUCUUCUAUGUACAAGGGAGUUCGGCGUAGAAAAUGGGGUAAAUAUGCUGCAGAGAUUCGUGAUCCCAUUUUAGGGAAACGAGAGUGGAUUGGCACUUUCAAUACUGCAGAGGAGGCUUCUGUUGCCUACCAAAAGAAGAGGCUUCUGUUUGAAAACAUGAAGUUAGAGUUGAAGAAGAAGACUGAGUAUGAGGAUUUGCUAUUAUCAAACAAGUUGUUUGAUAGUUUUCAUAUAGCAGAUAAGAGCAAUCUUCAGUUCGAGUGCCAAGGGGAGGGUCGGGAUUCACAAGUAGCUGCCGCAGCUGCUAAAGAGACCUUUUCAUAUGAAGAGACGCCAAGUUUGUUUUCUCACCCAUCACCAUCAUCUGUGCUUGAUCUGCCUCCUAGUAAUGCUGCAGUUAGUGGUGAAGAAGGCUGUGUGCAACCACUCCCUGAAGAAGCACUAUCCGUUUUGAAAUUUCCUGAAGUGCCAACAUAUUCAGCAGUAAGUGCUGAAGAGGUCUUUGUUGAAGAAAAGCUAUCCGAUAUGAAACUUACUGAACCGCUAAUAUGGUCACCGAUAGGAACUGAAGACUGGGGAUCUAUGAAUCUGGGAUUUGUGGGCAAUGACAUGAUUGAUGGUUUGGAUGAUUUGUUUGGUGGUAGGAGUGACAUAGUUGAUCCCCCUGUGCAUUGUGAUGUAAAUGGUGAGAAUAUCAGUCUUCCUCCUAGAAAGUUUUGUACGAGUGACUUAGCAGGGUUUUGCUGGAAUUGAAUAAACCCGGAUCCCAG